AUGGGGGCCAAAGCUGUGUCCCAUGAUAGCAUCUUUAUAUUGGGAUCUGAAUUUGAAAGAUCAUCAAGUAAGCUGCACCUCACUAUGGACUCCCAGAGAGGCAGACCUUUGCAGAUAUCUGCUUCCAGAACUCUGCCUAGAGCUUUGGUGCCUGAUGUGCAGGCAGCUCUAUCUGCAGCUAUGGGUGAAGCUGUGGGUCCAAGUAAAUCCAGAAGUGGAGUCCAGAUAGCAGGCUCCAAGAUCACUGAGUUACCAUCUCUGCGUUCAUGCAAACCCAGCAUCAGCCCACCUGUUAUUCGAUCUGAGAGAACCUCUGUGGACUCAGGCAACACCUCUGUUGAUGAUAAGGCACUACAGAGUCCACCAAAGAAGUCUUUAAUCCACCGUGCAUCGAUGUCAAAGAAGAGUAUUUCUGAAUCAUCAUCUGGGCCUGAUCAGUCUCAGCCUUCUCCAAGGAGUUCCCAUCAACUUUCAAGUCUUGAGGCAUCAGUCGCCACAGAUAGCUGUCUGGAUACUUCUGCUGCUCGACACAAGAUAGCCUUAAAUCCUCGGAAACAGAAAAAGAAGAAGAGUCUUCCAACAAUUGUUAAACCAAAGCAGGAAGAGAUGAGCCUCCUACAGAUUUCUAGAGAAGAAAAGACUGAAACCAAACUUAAAGAAUCUGACAAAAAGGAGCAGAUUAAAGACAGCACAGAAUGCUCAAGCCAGGAACACAGAAACAUAGGUGAGACUCAUGAUAAGAAGACAACAGAGCAGGCUCCCAGCACCGAUGCUCUCAUGAUUGUGAGCUACUCACUACCAUCAGGAAAUGCUAGAAAACGUCGACGGAGAGGAAGAAGUGAGUUUGAAAUCAAAGAAAGAAGCCAUAUACAAUCCAGUCCAGGGUAUGACCAGGGCAAUAAAUCUGAGUCCUCACCUACCAAUAAGACUGCCAGGGAAUGCUUGUCCUUGAAGUUCACAACUCCACAAGCAUGUACUGCUCCUCAGGAGUUGCUUUCAGAUAAAGGGAUUAUGAAGAGAAGUGCUGGCAUAGAUUUUGAAGUCAAAAGAGCAUCAGCAGCAAAACUCAAACCCGGAGAAGUGGUGACAUCUGUGGUUACUGAUCCACCAUCACUCAAUGAAGAAGAGGCUUCUGGAGCCAAGAAGAAAGAAGACAAAACUUUUCUUUUGCCAUGGAUAAGAAGAUUUUCUACAACCCAAGCAAAGACCAUUGUCACAGGGGCUGAAGAGGCCCAAGUGCCUGUGCAUCCUUCUCAUAGCCAGGCAGAAGAUGAAGUGUCCAGCCUUGGUUUGCAAAAUGUUCAACACAAGAAGGAGGUAACCAUGGAUACCUCAACUAUCUUAAGAGAAAAGCCUCUCAGAAAUGUUGGCCAGGCCAUCCCAGCAAGUGUUACAGGCAUGACAAGUACUACAGCAGAAGCUAAUGUCUCUGCAAAGAGGCUGCCUCACAGAGGCCAAUCCCAGGGGCAGCCUGAAGCAGUAGUCUCUUCAGAUUCCAGGAGUGCUUCAGAGGAUGAGAGGAGUUCUGAGGAUCAGCUGGUUCCUGUGUACCUUCCCAAGUCCAAAUGGAGGUCUAAAAACUAUCAAGAAGGCACCCACAGAUCAGAAAGUCUAGACAUGGGACUGAGCAGUAGUGAUCAGCAGCUGUCUCCUGCAUCUUCUUCCCAGUUCUUGGGCAGAUCUGAUGCUGAAGAAGCCUCUUCUGACUCAGAACUUUCCUCAGAAGAACAUAAGAGUUCUGAAGAAAUGACUUCUGACCAUGUUUCCCAGUCCUUAGAAGAGUUGGAAGAAUUCUCAAAAUCCCAAAGUUUGAUUAUGGGUUCCACCUCUGAAGAGCAGCUGGCUUCCAGAAGCCAUGUCCAGGAUUCACAGGAUUCAGAAGAAAAAGAAGUGUCCACAGAAUCAAGCAGUUACAUUGAAAAGUACAACAGUUCCGAGGAUUUCAGCACCACAGAGGAAGACCAGCCUGUCGAACAGCCUCAUGAGGUCUUGGGUCAGCCCAAAGACAAAGACACGCCCUCAGUUUCCAAGAGCAUUUCUAAAGAGCAGAGCAUUUGUGUAAAGCAGAUGUCUCCCAUUCAGCAACAAACCUCCAGUUCAGUGACCAUUCCUACCAAGCAGAAUCAAUACGAAGGUCCAGUGUCUCCUGGCCACUCUGCCAAGUCAUGGAUGAGCUCUGAGUAUGAACAUCAAGUCUCUGUAAGUCCAGAAAGCUUUGCCACUGAAUGGGACGUUUGUAUGCAACCACUGCCUCCCAGAAAGGCAUAUAAGCACCAAAAGAGGUAUAAAGUUGAGCAAAAAGUCUCCUCAAGCCCAGAAAUUGAAAUUUUGGAAGAAGUUGUUUCUAUGGAGGCACUGCCUCCCAGGUGUCAUUCUCAGCAAGAAGUUUCUUCAAGUUCAGAGCAUGCUGCUGAGGUGAACACUGUGAUGAUGCCUCCCAGGCGUUCCUCAGUGAGGCCAAAAGUCAAGAAAGAAGUAUGUCUAGAUAUAGCAAAUGCUGAAGUGGGAGGGCAUGUUUCUAUGGAGCCCCUAUCUCCUAAACACCAUUCUCAGCUUUCAGUGAAACCCCAACUCCAGAAACAUGUCUCCUCAGAACCAAGAAUUCCUACUUGUAAAGGAAGCAUUUCAGUGGAUCUAAGGCCUUCCCAACACCAUUUCCAGUCAGGGGUGAAACCUCAAGUGCAGCAACAAGUUUCUUCACUUCCAGAGAGUACAGAUGUUGAAGGGGUCACUUCUAAGGAGUCUCAACCUUCUAAAUGUCUUUCCAAGUCUAGGAAGAAAUCUAAAGCUUAUCAAAAUGUGCCUUCAAAAACAGAGUGUGUUGCUAUAGAAAAGUUUACUUCGGUGGAGCCACUGCACUCAAAACAUUUUUCUCAGCCUUUACCAAAUCCUCAAGGCAAAGAAAUUUUUCCCGAAAACACCUCUAUUGAAGGUGGCACUUUGAUGGAGCCACUGCCUCCUCAGCCUACAGUGAAUAUUAAAUUCCAGCCACAGAUGACCCAAGAUCCUGUGAGCAUAUCUACACAACAGAGCUGUCAUGUGGAACAAAUGCAUGCCAAGCACAACUUCUCACCAGAGGUGGACCCUAAAUUUAAGCAACAGGUCUGUGAAAGUUCAGACAGUGAUGGUGCUGAGGUUAGCAUUCCGGUGCAGUCAAUGUCCCCCAGAUCCACUUCACAGCCACAGCUGACCCUUCCAUUUGAGCAAAUUUAUGCAUCCUCAGAGCAUUUCCCUGCUACAUGGUGCAUUCCUGAGGAACCGUCACUUUCCAGAAUACAUUGUCAGCCAAAGAAGGAAUCAGUCAGCAAGCAAGCCAUCUCCACAGGAUCAGAGAGCACUUCUGAACAAGGUAGCAGCUCUGAGGACCUUUUCCAGUCAUUGGUGGACCCUUCAGUCAAGGAACAAUUACCUGCAGGUCAACAGAGCUAUGCACUGGAAGGAGACACAUUGGUGAAACAGAAGCCUCACAGAUGUCAUUCUCAGCCCCCGAUGAGAUCAGGACUUAAGAAAGAGGUCUCAGGUCCCAAGAGAGCUUCUGCAGAAUGGAAUGAUCAUAUGGAGCCAGUGCCUCCCAAAUAUACUUCCCAGUUAUGGAUAAACCCCGAAUCUGAGCCACAAGUCUCUUCAAGUCAGGAAAGUGAUGCCAUGGAGAAGAGCAUUUUUAAGGACGUGAGACCUUUCAGAAAUCCUUCCAGAAUCAUUAUCAAACAAAGAGUCCAGAAAAUAACAACUUCAAGUUUUGAGGGAAGUACUUCUGCGAAGCCACUGCCUCUCAAAUGCCCUACCCCAUCUGCAAAGAGGUCUAAAGUUCAGGAAAUGUCCUCACGUCUAGAGAAUGCUACUGCUGAAGAAGAUAUAAAUAAUAAAGAAAAGCAUUCCAAGGCUCCUUCCCAAUCAUUUGUGAAGUUUAUGACACAGAGAGUCUUUACAGAGAACCUUGCAAUUGAGAGAGCCACUCACGUGAAUUCUAUGACUCCACGGCGUACUUCCAGAGCUUUGUUGAAGCCUAAACUUGAGGAUAUCAAAUAUGAUUGGAGUACUUAUCUUGAGGGAGACAUUUCUUUGAAGAAGCUGCCUAUGAAACAAUCUUCCCAAUCAUCUUGCAAACCUAAAGACCCACAACAAGUUCGCUCGCGAUCUGAGAGUGUUGCUGUGAGGCUGCGCAGGUCUAAAAGUCAGCCACCUGCUGGACAGCUAUACCAGGCCAAAGGGAAGUUGGAGUAUGUACAGGAAAUAACUUCAGUUUCUGUCAGCUGUCCUAAAAAUAUGAAGAAUUCUGGAGAGCGUCUGCCUUCUCAAGAGUCGAAUGUGUCUACAUUGCAGCCACCAAUUUUAUCAACAGGAUCAGUGAGUAUUCCUAUAGAAUGUGGAGAUGCUGAAGGGCAUCUGCUUCCCAGUCAACCUUAUCAGGAUUUUGGAAACACCAAGUAUCAACGCAUUUAUUCAAGUUCCAUCAUUGCUUCUUCUGAAGAAUCCACUUAUGAGAAGAAUACUGGCAGCAAAUCCUUACCAAAAGGCCAACCUCUUCCAAAGAGAACCAAGAAAUACAGUUGUGUCUCUGGAGAAUUCAGUGAGAGCACCCCAACUUCUGUUAGCAAUCUUUGCAAAUUCACUGCUGCUCCUGCCCAGAAACCACCCAUUUCUGAGGAUAUUUACUCUAAAGAGAAAUUUCUUCAGAGUGGUGACAGCUCUUCAAGUUCAUCUGCCAGCAAAGUUGAUGUUGAAAAUGUUUUUGGAGUCCGAUUGAGGAAAGUCUCUCCACAGAAGUACAAGAGUGAGAAAAGGUACAAGACCAAGAAGCCAGAGCAGCUGACUCAGCCUUCUCCGCUGCCCUCUAUCCCAGUUUCAUACUCUGUAGCCAAAAAAGAAGGAUACAUGCAAAAAAGUGCUUCCCUGGAGUUCCAGGGAACCUCAGAGAAGGUCAACCCAAAACACAGAUUUGCAGUGAAGCAGCGAAGUAGACACAGACAUGAAGACAUGGCCAAGAUACAACCACCUUACAAGCUUCCUGGAAAGUCUAGUGGUCAGCAGUCAGAUCGUGCACAUUCUGAGCCAUCCUGGGUAACCAUGGCAAAGCAGAAGCAGAAGAACUUUGUAGCCUGUGAUCCUGUGAAUGAACCACAAACCAAGAGCAUAUGUGAAUCCAAAGCUGAAACCCAGGAGCUUAAAUAUGAGGGAGCUGUCACUGCAGCUGAAACCCCACUGAGAAGGUAUCUCUCCUCUACUCACCUUAAACAAGAUAAGAAGGCAAAGAUGAAUCUAUCUAAGUCUAGCAAAUCAGUUGCAUUCGAAGAACAGAGGAUGGUUCGCUCAGCCACAAGGGAAAGAGAAACCAAACGAUCUAAGAGUCUUCCACCAAAGCUCCAAAAGGUUGAAGAGCCAGUCUGGUUCUCGAUGGCCAAGAAGAAAGCCAAGGCCUGGAGCCACAUUGCAGAUAUCAUGUAAUGAAGAGUUCCUGUGUGGUGCAUCAGCACUAUAUGUGAUAACUGCCAACACUUAUAGUAAUUCUAUAUGACAUCUUUAUCAUUCUUCAUAAAGUAAUCUUAGAAGUAGGAAUUAACAGUUUUAAUUAUUUGAGUGAAAUAAAUACCACUAAUGUCUAACUUUCAAUAGAGCCUGGACUAGCAUCCAGAAAACCAGCAUUUCUGUCAUAAAACCUAUGGAAACUGUUUGCUUUGUUGUAGAAUUGCGAAAUCUUGAACUUUGGAGAGUACACCUUAGAAAGAGCAAAAUAUUUUGCCACAAAAACUAAAAUGAAUAUUAUUUCCUUUAAUAAAAUAAGGUAAUUCUAGCAGAAAUAUUCAGAUGCU